GUUCCCGAGGUCUCAAGGAAGUAUAUAAAUCCCACUCCAACCCUCACUUCCCACUCACAAAUUCCUCAUUCAAUCUCUAUUCGUCUUCAACUUCAAGCAAUUUGACCAUCACCUUUUAACUGAUCUAUUUUCUCAAGAGAUAAGGGAAAAUGAACAGGCCAGGAGAUUGGAAUUGCAGGUCAUGCAACCAUCUCAACUUUCAAAGGAGGGACUCAUGCCAGCGGUGUGGAGAGCCUAAACCAUCUGAGAGAGGUGAUUAUGGAAGCUUUGGAGGAAAAGGUAGCUCGUCGUCGUUUGGGUCGUUCAGUACCGGCCCCGAUGUCCGGCCAGGUGACUGGUACUGCAACGUCGGCAACUGCGGAGCCCACAACUUUGCUAGCCGCUCAAGCUGCUUCAAGUGCGGCGCCUCAAAGGAUGAUUCUCCUGGUGGGGGAUACGAGGGUGACAUGUCUAGAAUCAGAGGCUUUGGUUUUGGCGGCAGCGGCGGGGGUGGGGGCGGCGGCAGCUCCAGUCGCUCUAACUGGAAAUCCGGUGACUGGCUUUGCACUAGGUCUGGUUGCAACGAGCACAAUUUUGCGAGCAGGAUGGAAUGCUUCCGAUGCAAUGCACCGAGGGACUCAAGUGGCAAGUCUCCAUAUUAAUUCGUCAUAGAUUUUCCAUUCUGGCCCGUCCUAUUUUGACCAAGACUACAAUUUACAGCAGGUACUGCUGUCUCCAAGGAGAGAAUCGACGUACGUCUAUAUAUGAUGAUGCCCCCCAAGUUACUCAAUUUGGCCUGGAUCUACCUCUAUUUUUUGUUCUUUUUUUUUUACUACAUUUAUCUUCGAUGGAUCUACUGCUAGGGAGCUCUUCAGAAGAAUGAUAUGGUUGAAGAUCGAGUUGAUCAGUGAGCUUCCUUAUAUUUAGCGUAGGCACGUAGUUUUGGUGUAUCACUCUAUUAAUAUAUCAUGUGUCCGUCCUUGUGUUUUGAUGCCUCAUUGUUCUUUGAUCGAUGCAACGUCAUGCUUUCCUUUAAGAAUAUAUUUCAAGAUA